AUGCUGGCUGAAAUGUUUAAACUCUUAAUCCUGAUACUUGCACUUUGUCCUUCAGCUAUUGAUUCUUCUUUUCAAUACUUCAAUAUGGUUGAACAGUGGCCGGGUGGUUAUUGCCAGUUCCACAGAUGCCGAAGAGUUCCUUGGCCAAAUGAUUUCACUAUCCAUGGCCUGUGGCCAGCAAACCACACUGGCACAGUGGAAAAUUGCAAAAAAACCGGAUUUGCUCCAAUACAGGAUGAAAACAAAUUUAAACAACUGGACUCAAUCUGGCCUAACCUUGACCAACCAAGACCAGAAUAUGACAGAUUAGGAAGUCGUGUCCUAGCCCAAUCAUUUUGGGGACAUGAAUGGAAGAAGCAUGGGACGUGUUCCGAGAACAUGUACAACCAGACUCAGUACUUCGAUCUUGCUAUUAAACUGAAGAAUCGAUAUAAUCUUUUAAGCAUUUUAGAACAGGGCGGAUUAUCCCGGGGCCACAGUCAUGAAGUGGUUCUGUAUCCAUUAUUGCUGCCACCUGAUCCUGGUGGUGUGGCAUAA